AUGGCGCCCGUAGCUGAUACCAAAGCUGAAAAUGUUGAAAGUAUGGAAGUUGAUGAUCAAAAGGAGAAAGAAGAGACAAGAGAUCCAAGAGUAGUUGCUUUUCAAAAAAUUCGUCAGCAUUGCUCUUUACUCGACCGUGGACUCCUCACGAAUCAUUUCAUGGGAAGAGUUCUCCAGGUUUUGCAUCAAACUAGAAAACAGCUGAAUGAAGAGGUCUUACACAAAUUAAUCACGAUGCAUAAUACUCAAAACACUGAACAUCGUGAUGCUCUCUUGCAAUGGGUUCCUGAUGGUUCCUCUUCUAAUCUAACGGCUAAUACAGACCAGAAAAUGGACGUGGAUCAAAAGCCUACCAAAGCCAAUAAGGAGACUUUUUCUUCUAGGGAAUCUGAUCUUUAUCUCAACCUUCUUGUCUUGGUUUACCUCAUCGAUCAAGAGAAGCUUAAUGAAGCUAAAGAUGCUGCUGAGCUUCUUAUCAGCAAGGUUGACCAAAGUGAAAAACGCUCACACGAUCCAAUUGUUGCUAAAGCUUAUUUCUAUUUGGCUUUGGUUCACGAGAAGCUUGGACGUUUCCAUGAGCUCACCAGUUACUUCAACUCUCGACUCCGAACAUCCACACUGCGUCAUCUUUAUGAAUCUCAAGCUACAUUAAUCUUCACAUUAUUGAGAUGCUAUUUAUUGAACAAGCAAUAUAUAUCUGCUGCUAAACUGGUAUCAAAGGUCACUUUCCCUGAAAAUGCUAACAAUAAUGAUCUCGCUCGUUAUUUAUAUUAUCAAGGAAGAAUAAAAGCUCUCCAAUUGGAUUAUGCUGCUGCUGCCGGGUAUUUCCUGCAGGCUAUGCGUAAGGCACCCCAAGAGGCAGCCAUUGGUUUCAAGCAGAAUGCUCAAAAAUGGGUUGUAGUCAUUGGAUUACUUCAAGGAGAAAUCCCAGAAAGAUCUACUUUCCGUCAGCCUAUCUACAGAAAGUGCUUGUACCCAUAUCUCGAACUUACCCAAGCUGUACGUGUGGGUGAUCUUGCUCACUUUAACAAAGUUUUGGACCAAUAUGGAACAAAAUUCGAGAAGGAUGAAACAUUAACACUCAUCGUCAGACUGAGACAGAAUGUCAUCAAAACUGCAGUCAAGCAAAUUUCGUUGGCCUAUUCUAAGAUCGCUAUCAAGGAUAUUGGAAAGAAGUUGCAGAUCAACAGUGAUGUUGAUACAGAAUACAUGGUUGCCAAGGCUAUUGCCACUGGAGCAAUCGAUGCAUACAUCACCUCAGAUACUAAAGAUGGCGAGAGAUAUAUGAAGAGUUCAGAGACGGUUGAUGUAUACAGAACAGCUGAGCCUCUCCAUCACUUUGACUCCAGAAUCAAAUAUUGUCUGGAACUUCAUAAUCAAGCUCUAAAAGCUCUCCGUUUCCCAGCCAAAAACAAGAUCAAAGUCGAAACUAUCCAAGCUCAAAGAGAAAGAGAACAACAGGAGUUGGAACUCGCCAAAGAAUUGGCUGAAGACGAUGAUGACGACUUCUAA